ACAGUGACACAGGUCUUAUAAACAGUUCUUUUCAUUUCAAAGCCCCGAUUUCAUUUCACAAAAAACCUUUAUUUUUCCAUCAUGGCUCCUCGUAUCACCAACGGUGCCACAACCGUCUCAACCGUCAAGUCUUCCACUACAUGUAGCCGUGCCUAUGUGACGUUCUUGGCCGGAAACGGUGACUAUGUGAAAGGUGUGGUUGGGUUGGCCAAGGGUUUAAGGAAGGUCAAAAGCAAGUAUCCACUAGUUGUGGCCAUCUUGCCCGACGUGCCUGAAGACCACCGUCAGAUCCUGGUUUCUCAGGGCUGCAUAGUCAGAGAGAUCGAACCUGUGCACCCUCCUGAGAACCAGACCCAAUAUGCCAUGGCCUACUACGUCAUCAACUACUCCAAGAUUCGUAUUUGGGAGUUUGUGGAGUAUAGCAAGAUGAUCUACUUGGAUGGAGAUAUCCAAGUGUUUGAGAACAUCGACCAUCUGUUCGAUUAUCCGGACAACUACUUCUAUGCUGUCAAGGAUUGCUUCUGUGAGCCAAACUGGAGGGACAGUCCCCAGUAUAAGAUUGGUUACUGCCAACAGUGCCCGGAUAAGGUUCAGUGGGACAGUAGCUUGGGUCCGAAGCCACCUCUAUAUUUUAAUGCAGGCAUGUUUGUUUAUCAGCCUUGCUUGUCUACUUACCAGGAACUCCUCAGUGCCCUCAAGACUAGCACUCCAACUUUGUUUGCAGAGCAGGAUUUCUUGAACGAUUUCUUCAAGGAUAAGUACAGGCCCAUCCCUUCGGAUUACAACCUUGUUUUGGCCAUGCUUUGGCGCCACCCUGAAAAUAUUGAAUUGAACAAAAUUAAGGUUGUCCACUAUUGUGCUAAUGGUUCCAAGCCAUGGAGGUACAAUGGAGAAGGGGAGAACAUGGAGAGGGAAGACAUUAAGAUGCUGGUGAAGAUGUGGUGGGAUAUUUAUAACGACGAUUCGUUGAAUUAUGUCAAUACUGUGGCUCCUCCGGCGGCUAGAAAUAGAACUCGGCAAGUGAACCUGCAGCCCUUCCAGACGGCGUUGUUGACGGAGGCUGGCGAUCCCAAUUAUAUCACCGCUCCAUCCGCUGCUUAGUUAGUGCCUGCAAGUUCCCCAUAAUCAGAUAUAUCGAAGAAGUAUAUAUAGUUGGCAUUCUAAAUAAGAGUACUGGUUUGUUUUAUUCUAGUAUUGACCGGUCUGCCCAUUUCCAACAUACCAGCCAUGGGGUAUUGGGGAUCGAUCUGAAGAGAGUUUAAUAGUUUAGGAGUUUGAAGUGGUACUCCCUCAUUUUUGUUGGGACGACGGGAGUAAUAUGUCAAAGUGGUAAUAUAAGAGGUGUGAAUUACAGCUUUUUUUACUUGUACACAAUCUAGGCUCUCAUCAGUUCGAUCUUGCAUUCUUGCUA